AUGCCUUAUCUCGUUCGGAAGGCCAUUGUUUUUGCAGCGCCCGAAGGACUAGUAAUCUCCGGAGUCCAUUCGAAGGAGAAGCAUUCUCUGCUUCUUGAUUACAAAUCACACAGAGCAAAACCAAUUGCUACAAUUGUGCCUGAAGAUGACGUGUCUUUCGAAUGCUACGGCAUUGUUGUCGCUAUCAUCCCUCUCUCUUCGCAAAUUGAGGCUACAAAUGCGAUCAAGCAAACACAAGAAACCUUGAGAGAAGAGUCUACAAGCGAUUCGGAGAGCGAUGAUUCUGACGGCGAAAAUGUACAUGAGAAGGGAAUUCCAGCUACCAAUAGUAGCGUGGAAGAACGACAUGGGACUUGGGCGAUUCCUGGUUUCCCACGAGGCCAGGGACUAGGGUUCGCAUCGUGGGGAGGCAAAUAUGUUGCGGAAGAUGUUUUGAGUAGAAAAGGGGCCUAUGGACGAUUUACUGAGAGGUGGUUUUCUAAGAACGGCUGGGCACUAGAAAGGAGAAGGGUACAGGGUAUGAGUCAAGAGGGAAAAGAUGCCCCUGACAACAACACUGAGGCAGACGAGCAUGGAUACACUUCAGGGAACUCUGAUGACGCCGCCCAGGUCUCUAGUGCCUCAAAAUACCUAAGCAGUAAAAGUAGCGUGUCGGCUCCAUCAAACACAGACCACACGUCAAGCCUUCUUCCUAAAUUAUUGCGAACCACAAACCUGCUGCUGUCCUCUGGCAACCUUUUUUUCUCCUACGAUAUUGACAUCACCCGCCGAGUAGGUACUCAGACAUACUCAAAAGAGUCUGAGACUCCGCUUUAUAAAUCUGUCGAUCCUACCUUCUUCUGGAAUCGACAUUUGAUCGAGCCUUUCGUGAGUGGACAGCACCAUUCGUUCGUAUUGCCGCUUAUGCAAGGUUUCGUUGGACAACGUGGGUUUCGCUUGACUAAAACGCAGGAUGACUCAGUAGAGACAGUCCCAAAAAUUCAAGCCUCGUCUAGUGACUCGUCGAUCUUGGAGGAUACCGAUUUCCUUCUUACACUUAUUUCUCGUAGAUCAAUACAUCGUCCCGGCCUUCGCUACCUUCGGAGGGGCGUGGAUAAUGAAGGUCAUACGGCAAACAGCGUCGAGACAGAGCAAAUUUUAUCAAAGGCUUCUUGGGCUCGGAAUGAGAAAAUGUAUUCGUUAACUCAAAUCCGCGGGUCUAUUCCACUUUUCUUUUCUCAAUCGCCUUACUCAUUCAAACCUGUGCCAAUACUACAGCAAUCGGAGGAUAUGAAUCGAACAGCGUUCAAGCGGCACUUUGCUAGUUUGAAUAGAAGGUAUGGCACUAUUCAAAUAGUAUCGCUCGUAGAUCGAACGGGUGGAGAAAGAGCCAUUGGUGAAAGAUACGAAACUUUUACAUCAGAGCUCAACAGUAAGACGGGCUCAGAACAGAGUAACAUCGGCUUUGAGUGGUUCGAUUUUCAUAGGGAGUGUCGCGGGAUGCAAUUCCAAAACGUUAGCAUCUUAAUGGACACCCUCUCGAAAACACUGAAAGCUUUUGGCCAAACAGUCGAAAUGAAAGGAAUCUUGCCUUCACGGCAGCAGGGAAUCAUCAGGACCAACUGCAUGGACUGUUUGGACAGAUCCAAUGUCGUCCAAUCCGCUUUUGGUCAGCGAGCUCUUGAAGAUGCCCUGAAGGAAGAAGGUGUAGAUGUCAAUCUGAGGACUGAUACCUCUACGCAGUGGUUCAACUCUUUGUGGGCCGACAACGGAGAUGCGAUCUCGAAGCAAUACUCAUCCACGGCGGCUUUGAAAGGCGACUUUACUCGAACAAGGCGGCGCAAUUACCGAGGAGCAAUCAAUGAUUUGGUUCUUACGCUCUCUCGAUACUACAAUAACAUUUUCAACGACUACUUCUCACAAGCUGCAAUUGAUUACCUCCUGGGCAACGUGAACGAGCGGGUGUUCCAAGAUUUUGAAGAGAAGUUGAUGACCUCAGAUCCGGGUAUGUCAAUGCAGACAGUGCGAGACAACGCAGUCAACGCAUCAUCGAAAGUGGUGAUAGCAGAUCCUAACGAGGAUUUAAUUGGCGGCUGGACGCUAUUGAGCCCAGGAGAACCAGACAGAAUCAAAUCCGUUCCUCUAGAGGAAACUGUGCUAUUAUUGACUAAUGCAGCGAUGUACAAGGUAUGCUUUGACUGGACAAAUGAAAAAGUUUUCUCUUUUGAAAGAGUCAAGCUGCGAAGCAUCAAUGGAAUUUACAAAGGGACCUACAUUACGUCGACAUUGACGCCGAGUCAAUGCGAAGAGGCAAGAAAUGUUGGCUUUGUUGUCAGAUAUCAACCUGGCAAAGACGAUAUAGCAAGAAUCAACACGAGAUCACUUAGCACGUCUGUCGGAAUCGAAGCAAGUCCCCUUGGUCCUGAAGUAGACAGGGAAGCCGCAAAGUCUGAAAAGGCUAGGGCUGAGAAGGUGCCAAACGAGAAAAUACUCGCUUUCAAGGCGCUUCCCUCCCAAUCAAGCUUGGGCAGCAGUAUAGAAGAGUCGCAUGGUCCCACGGAAAAGCAGACGGUGGACAACGUAUGCGAAGAGGUUCGAAGAGCUGCCGUAGAAGACGGCAACAGUAUAGUGGACUUAGCUGCGCAAGACAAAGACAUAGUUUCCCUCGAGGAGGCGAGGAAGGGCACAGGCUACGUGGAACAAUGGACGCACUCAAUCAAACGGCUGGAGUCGAUGCGACCUGAUGGUGCAGAGGCAGUGAAUGCUGGUGGUGACAAGCCACCGAAGCCACCAGCAUUUCAGAUCAUCGUGCUGGGCGGCGGGGGCGGACCUAUUGAGGACAAUGUGACCGGUCUACUUGUCAGAUCUACCGCCACAAACUGGGCAAAAGGAUCGGUCCUCGCUGUCGACGCUGGGGCCCACCUCGCCGCAGUCACGAAAAUCAUCCACCACGACCUGCCCAAUGCGAUCCGCAGACCCUCACACCCCAACAAUGUCUUGUCUCCUUCUGUUUUCUCGCCACCGCCCCCAGAUGAACGUGCUAUGUCAAUUGCAGAUGCCAAUGGCAGUGCGGUGAACAGCACCACUUCGGGGGAUGGCUCUGAGUCUCAACUGGUCCUUUCAUCAGGGCCAUUUACUGAUUUUGAGUUGCCACACGCGACCGCCAAAGCCAACGCGGCAUAUUUCGUCCGCAACCUUAUAACAACUUACCUCAUAACUCAUCCUCAUCUGGAUCAUAUCUCUGGGUUUGUCAUUAAUACAGCAGGGUUCCAACAUACCUCGAGGCCAAAGCGCUUGGCUGGAUUACCAUCUACCAUCGAUGCUUUCAAGACUCACAUAUUCAACGACACCAUAUGGCCGAACCUAUCAGACGAAGAUGGCGGCGUUGGUCUUGUCUCAUAUAUGCGGCUCGCCGAGGGCGGAAAUCUAGCGAUAGGAGAAGGAGAAGGUAGGGGCUACAUUGAAGUUUGCGAUGGUCUGGCGGUGAAGAGUUGGAGCGUCAGUCAUGGGAAAUGUAUGCACAAUCAUGGGAAACGAGCGAGUGGAAGCGGGCACACAUUAGAGCAAUUUAACGAUUCCUUUUCGCGGCGAGCUUCAGCUAGCGCCACAACCCCCAACAGCCUUCAAUAUGGCAGAGAUCAUACAUUUGCUAUGGAGCCUUGCGUCAUCGAUAGCUCUGCAUUCUUCCUCAGGGAUGAUCACACUGGACACGAAGUCUUGAUAUUUGGGGACGUAGAGCCUGACUCGCUGUCGCUGUCGCCGCGGACAGCACAAGUUUGGACUGACGCAGCCCCGAAAGCAGCCAACGGUCUCCUCAAAGGUAUUCUGAUCGAAUGCUCAUACGACGAAUCACAAUCAGACGACACGCUUUUUGGACAUCUCUCCCCGCGACACGUCAUUGCCGAGCUUCAAGUCUUAGCGGGCAAGGUUCACGCUCACAAAAACGGAUUCAGAGAAUCCACGCCGCUUAAGCGAAAGCGAGCAAGCAAUGGCAUCUAUACGGGAGACGAAACGUCGGUCUCUGUCCGCAAACCUAAACCACAACAAAUGCGCAGGAAGAGCAGGCGCUCUAAUUCAGCGAACAUUGCCACACCAAACUUACUGAGCGAAAGCUCGGGCGAAAGUCACGCUCUCCCAGACUAUUCCAAUUCAAAGGUCGAUGUACCAGACUCCAUCCAAGAAACCCCUCUCCCACAGCCCGAAGAUCCGCAGCUUGUUCCUGUCUCCGGAAAGCCAUUAGAAGGCCUUCAAGUCAUCAUCAUUCACGUCAAGGAUAACUUAAGAGACGAGCCUGAAGUUGGGGAUACGAUACUGGCGGAGCUUCAGGAGAAGGAGAGGGAAGCGCGGCUGGGCUGUACGUUUGCAAUCAGUAAGUCUGGGACGAGCAUUUGGUUGUGA